ACUCGAUGGAGCAGGCGUGCCUGCUGUGUCGCCGGGCAGAGGCUGACCCGGCUCUCUGCGGGGACAAACUGGAGAAGCGAGGGCUCUGUGCCCACGUCUUUUGCCUGCUUUUUGCCAACGAGCUUUUUCAGCGAGGGGACAGGGAAGCAGGACUCAUGGGAUUUCUCCCCGAGGAUAUUCGACGUACAAUCGCGCGGGCAGCGCAGAAGCACUGCUUCGUCUGUGGCGAGAGCGGGGCCGCCAUCUCCUGCUGGGAAAUGGGCUGCGACCGCAGCGUCCAUCUCCCCUGUGCCGUGGAGGGUGGAUGCGUCACCCAGUUCGCUCUUCGGUACAGGUCCUACUGCUGGCAGCACCGCCCAGAGCAGGCAGGGGAGGCGGCUCCGGAGGAGAACACCACCUGCCUCAUCUGCCUGAUCGUGGAGGAGAGAAAGUCCUACGGCACCAUGGUGUGCCCAGCGUGCAAACACGCCUGGUUCCACAGGGGGCUUGCAUCCAGGCUCUGUGCGCCGGCAUUUCUUGCUUUCCAGUGCCCACUCUGUAGAGAUAAGGAGCUCUUUCUCUCGGAAAUGCUCACCAUGGGCAUCCGAAUCCCCUUCAGACUGCCAUCGUGGGAGAACAGGCGUGCAUACGCAGCACUAAGUGAGAGGCACAGCCGCUGCGAUGCCAGGGAGUGCCUUUGUCCAGGAGGCAGGGAGCAGGCAGAGGAAGAGGGGCCCUGGCAACUGCUCCUGUGCUGCUCCUGCGCUGCCGAGGGCACCCACAGACGCUGCUCCGACCUGAGGAGCAGCACGGCCAGCUGGGAGUGCGACGCGUGUGCUGGCCUGGGCACCGCCUCCAGUGCCAGCUCGGAGCUCGCCGGCCCCAGCGCUGCCGGCCAGGCAGGAUCGGGGCCUUCCCACGGCUCGCCGGCACCCGACACCAGCAGCCCCAGCACCGCCAGCCAGCUGCCAGCGGGGUCCUCCUGCGGCUCCCCAGCGCUGGAGACCAGCAGCCCCAGCACUGGGAGCCAGGCGGAAUUCGGGCCACCCCACGGCUCCCUGGCACCGCAGACCGGCAGCCCCGGCAAUGCAGCAUCAGGGCCCCGGCCCGGAAGAUGCCACGACAGGAGCCGUGCGCCAGCACCAAGUGCUGAGAGCAGCACCCCCAGCCAGGCGGCGCUGGGGCCGUCCCACAGCUCCCCGGCACCCGAGACCAGCAGCCCCAGCACCGCCAGCCAGCUGCCAGUGGGGUCCUCCAGCGGCUCCCCACCGCCGGAGACCAGCAGCCCCAGCACCGCCAGCCAGCUGCCAGUGGGGUCCUCCAGCGGCUCCCCACCGCCGGAGACCAGCAGCCCCAGCACCGCCAGCCAGGCAGCAUCGGGGUCCUCCUGCGGCUCCCCACCACUUCAGGGCAGCAGCUGCUCCAGCCCCCCUGGGCCCGUGCGGGUGCGAGACCGCUCCCGCUUCCAACGCCGGGCCCAACAUCCCUACAGCCCGCCCGGAAGACGCCACGACAGGAGCCGUGCGCCAGCACCAAGUGCUGAGAGCAGCACCCCCAGCCAGGCGGCGCUGGGGCCGUCCCACAGCUCCCCGGCACCCGAGACCAGCAGCCCCAGCACCGCCAGCCAGGCAGCAUCGGGGUCCUCCAGCGGCUCCCCAGCGCUCGAGAGCAGCAGAAGCUCCAGCCCCCCUGGGCCCGUGCGGGUGCGAGACUGCUCCCGCUUGCAACGCCGGGAGCAAAACCCCUACAGCCGGCCCGGACGCCGCCACGGGACCAGCCGUGCGCCAUCCCCGAGCGCUGGUCCUGAUCCCCCUCCACCCGUACAAUAA